AUGGCUCCGGAGACUUCACCACAGUCCGAGAAUGUAGUCGCAAGUCCACAUGCCCAGCUGGAGACGGACGGACCUCCUCCCUUCAAAUUCAGCAGUCUUUGGGAACGCGAGAAAUUGAAUCCUAUCAAUUUGAAGAGCUACACUCUUCCAAUCUUCAAUCUCAAGUCGCCCUACGCACGCAACUUCCAUUUAUCCUGGCUUGCGUUCCAUGUCGCAUUCUUGUCGUGGUUCGCUUUCCCACCACUACUGCCGGAAGCUAUCAAGGCCGAUCUAAAGCUUACGUCUGCACAAGUUGGGAACUCCAAUAUCGUGGCUUUGAGCGCUACGCUCAUUGUGCGCAUGAUAGCCGGGCCGUUGGUCGAUCGAUUCGGUCCCCGAAAAGUGAUGGCUGCUAUUCUCAUACUCGGUGCCAUUCCAUCUGGACUUGCUGGUACUGUCCAUUCAGUGCAGGGUUUAUAUGCUGUUCGGUUCUUCAUCGGUAUCCUUGGAGGAACAUUCGUCCCUUGUCAAGCGUGGACGACUGCAUUCUUCGACAAAAACUGCGUCGGUAGAGCCAACGCUCUCGUCGGUGGAUGGGGUAAUGCAGGAGGAGGAACAACGUUCGUUAUCAUGGUGGCGCUUUUUUCCCGGUUAACGAGACACCACAGCUUAUCGCCCCACUCCGCAUGGCGUGUUGCGUUCGCUAUCGUUCCUGUGCCUGCUUUACUCUUCGUUGCCGUCCUCACCCUCGUAUUUGGCACCGAUCACCCCAAGGGGAAGUGGUCUGAAAGGCAUAAGCCAAUUGCCAGUCUCGAAGUCACUACAGGCGCCAGCAGAGAUGGAGUCGUGGGGGAGAAGCAUCUGGACGCAGAGCAGGGUGCCACUGUUCACGUACAAGAUCUGUCCGUGCCACCAAGUAAAUCGAUUCAACCUCAUGUCCUCGACUUCCUUGGUGAUCACCCAGUCUCGGAAGUGGAUGUGGCUAUAAACCAAAACCUCACGUCCAAGAUGGCACUGGAAAUUGCAAUUAACCCAUUGACAUGGCUGCCCGCAUUAGCCUAUCUCACCACUUUCGGUUUCGAGCUGGCUCUCGAUUCGAGCAUGGCGAACAUCUUGUUUUCGCUCUACAAGUCUCCACAUUUUGGCCAAACCAAAGCUGGAUAUUUUACUUCUAUUGUUGGGCUGAUGAACGUGUGGACACGUCCGUUUGGUGGUUAUCUUGGCGAUGUCGUGUACAGAAGAUUUGGCGUGCCUGGGAAGAAGGUCUUGUCCCUGGCCAUGGGAUUUUACAUCGAUUCGACAAAGCACCCUGACUUGACGACCGUCAUCGCUAUACUGACCAUCCUCGUCAUUCCCAACGAGAUGGGCAACGGUGCCAACUUUUCACUCGUCCCUCACUGCAAUGCUUACUCUAACGGGUUCAUGUCUGGGAUAGUGGGGGCAUUCGGUAACAUGGGCGGGAUCUUCUUCGCCCUUAUCUUCCGUUUCCAGCCAUUACCACUUGGGAAGGCUCUUUGGAUUUCUGGGAUCAUAGCAAUUGUUGUGAACGCCUUGUUAAUCCCCAUCCGCGUGCCUCGUUAUUAGGGAUGACGACCAGGUCAAUAUCUAGGAAGGGUUGUGUAUCUUCGUUUUUACUUUUUCGCUUCUCGAUGUGGACGCGUGCAAUAACAAACCACCUCCACGCCUUUUCAUAUCUUCAAAUACCCACACCUCCCCACCCCCCUCUUGUUGGAAAUUGGUAACUUUGCUUGUUGUUUUCCCUGCCCAAAAUCCACUGCCCGAAGGGCUGGUCCAUACUAGCAAAGUCGACUACCUGUAAUCGGACCAUAAUGGAAAUGACGACAACUUCAUGUUCCAGAUAAUACAUAAUCAUGACAAUCUGUCUGUUUGCCGAUUCGUUUUUCACUGUUGAUAAG